AAAUAUCCAAAUAAGAGAGAAUUUAAGAAAAGCAUCAGACACAGUACUCAUGAUAAAAGCUGAAAAGAAGAAAACAAGAUCCACCUCGAACCUCUCUCCACUCUCAUCAAUCCCCUCUCUCUCUUCUGAUUCUGACCUCGAAUCCGAGCUCUCCAGGCUGCGGACGGGGUAGGAAAGCGCAUCUUCCUUUUGUGGGAGCAGCGGCAGCAGCAGCAGAGUUGGGAGCUGUUGGUCCAAAUUUAGGUUUCGAUUUGUUGCUUUUCAAAAUUUACUUGUACUAAUAAUUAUAAUUAUUAUCACAAUUUGUGAAUAAUGAGGGAUGAAGACUCAAAUUGGUUCGCAAGAUGGGAGGAAGAGCUGCCAUCACCAGAAGAGCUGAUGCCUCUUUCACAAACCCUAAUCACACCUGAUCUUGCUCUCGCCUUCGACAUUCGAAACCCAAACCACCACCACCACCUUCAACAACAACAACAACAGCCACAGCCACCGCCUCCUCCUCCACCCUCCGCAGCCGGGCAGCCUCCUUCUCAGCCCACUUCGGCCGAAUUUGCUGCUGAUUCCGGUGACUUGGGGUCCGGGGCUGCUGGAGAUGAGCCCGCACGCACUCUCAAGCGGCCUCGCCUUGUGUGGACCCCACAGCUCCACAAGAGAUUCGUUGACGCCGUGGCUCAUUUGGGGAUAAAAAACGCCGUCCCCAAGACCAUAAUGCAGUUUAUGAGUGUUGAUGGUUUGACCAGAGAAAACGUUGCUAGUCAUUUGCAGAAAUAUCGCCUUUAUUUGAAGAGAAUGCAAGGCUUAUCUGGUGGUGGAGGUGGCGGUGGCGGUGGUGCCAACGGUGGAGCUGGUGGUGCCAGUUUGAGUGCCACGGCUGAUCCGGUGACUGACCAUCUGUUUGCAAGCUCACCGGUUCCACCGCACUUUCUUCAUCCGGGUAGGGGUAAUUCGGAGCAUUUCUUGCCGUUUGUACCAGUGCCGGCACUGCAGCAUCACCACCAUCACCAGCAACAGCAGAUAGUGGCAGCGGCGGUAGGACAUCCACAUCUGCAGACUCAGUAUCAUAGACAAAUGGGGCAUUUUGGAUCAUCCCCAAAUGGCCAAUUCGAGCACCCCUUCUUAGGCAGGCAGACGCAGCAACCAAUGCAUAGAAUGGGAGGGGCACCCGUGCAUAAUCAAGUUCCCAGUAGUUAUGUGGAAGAUUUGGAAUCUGCCAAUGGGAAUGGUGGAAGGAAGGUUCUUACUUUAUUUCCAACUGGGGAUGAUUGAUUCAAAACUUUGGUAAUUAUUGACAUUCCAUUUUCAUCAUUCAACUUUUCUUCUUUUAUUUUGAUUACUCCUUUUGUUUGAGUUUCAUCAUGUAGAGUCUUGGUCGGUGGGUGGUCAUUUUUCUUUUUUUUUUUUUUAAGUGAUCUUGACGGGGAGGUGGUAAUUGGCAAUGGACUUCAAUUUCUUAAUCUGAAUUUUCAUCUUGAGAUAGUGGGGAGUGUACUUAAUCUGGUAUUCUUUUACCACACUCCGUCAGGCAUUAGAGUUGGUUGCCAUGUCAUUUGUUUUAUAAUCUUCAGUUCUGCAGACUUCUACCCUUGUAAUUAAGUUGUCAGUGGCAGUCUGUGUUCUCGGUCAGCUUCUGGUGACGGAUAUUGAUCGUGAUGUCACUCUAAGCGACAAAAAGUUCCUAAGCUUAUCAAUGUUUGCAAUUACUUUGGUCUGGUGCUAUUGGAUUAAUCUGGACUGCUUAGAGGUUGUGUUACCCCAUUGUUGUUUGGGAUCAGCUCAUUUUACUUAAGUUUUGGAGUCUGCUUGCCUGGGAGGUCCUUCAGCCAUCAAGGUGGUUUUGAGGCAACAUGACUAAAUUUUGAGCUUGCUGGCGGGAAAAAUAAUGCUUACAUUCCUUGUUGGUGUCUUUGUUUCUUAUAUUGAGGUUCUCCAGUUUCCAAAAUUCUCUUCUAUGUUAAUCAUUUCGUCUUCUUAGUUAAGUGUUAUGUAGAGGUAAGUUGUAAUUGUACAUUGUGUAACUCCAUAGAAGACUUUGGACCUGUGAUAUGAAGGGUAUCUUUCAGGGAUCUCUGACUUUUUUUUAUGUUAAUUUUAUUCUAAUCCCCAUGAACAUUAGCUGGA